CAAACGAGAGUAGCUGUACCGCCUCCACAUUCAACAUGAAAACAAUUAUCGCCCUCUGCGCCCUCAUGGCCGUCGCCAUCGCAGCACCCCCUCACGAUGAGACGGUCGUCGUGAAAGAGACACCACUGGACAACAUUGGUGUUGACGGAUACCAAUAUGGUUACGAGCUCUCCAACGGCCAGGCCCAUCAAGAGUCUGCCCAGUUGGUGAAUGCCGGCCAUGAGAACGAGGCUCUCGUCGUCCGCGGUAGCUUCUCCUAUGUCGAUCCGGAGACCAACGUCAGGUACACCGUCAACUACGUCGCCGACGAGAACGGAUUCCACCCCGAGGGAGCGCAUCUGCCGUCUGUCUAAAUGUAUUAAUUACCAGCGAGAUACUAAAGUCGAUAUGAAAAACAACUAGCUCUGGAUAAAUUUGUCUAAUGAUCAUCAAGUGGGCCUGGUGAGCCCGAAGAAAUUGAAGAGUACAGAUCGUUUCUCUCAGAUCGUUUUAACCAUCUGAUAUAAAUAUCUGCAUAAUUGACUUAUAAUGCAAUAAAUAUUAAAUUCACGAUUUAUUAAUUAUAUACAAAUGCUUCGUGGAUGAAUAUAUUAAUUUACGUAAUGAUAUCGAACGUAUAACUACGAAGCUGUAUUUUUUCAACAGUCAUUAUUUGAAUGAUCGAGUAUGAACGAUUGUUUUAAAAAUAUUGUUUUAAAAAAUGAAUGUUAUGUUUUCACGUCGCGGAUGUAUAAUGUACAUAUCUACGUUAUAAUAAAUCGUAAAAUUAAUAUAUCGUAUUAUGAGUUAACAUGAAAUUCUUAAUCGGUCUUUAAUUACCUUAUUGAAAAUUGAUUAUAAAUCGCAGUUCACAACAUGGAUUAAUCGUAUUUGGACUGCACAGCUAUAUUUGGAAAAAUUCCAGUGAUAUUGCGAUCUCUACAAUUUCGUCAUCACAGCGAUGCGCGCAAUUCUACCUUUUGCAUUGUAAUACAAUACAAUUCUGCAUUUGUAUUACAGUAGCUUUAUCGAUCUUAAAUUAACAAGAAUUUUAUUAAAAA